AUGCCUGUUUGGCAGAUGAGGCUCCAUGACCAGGUUUGGAGCUUCUGCAUCGCAGUCAAAGCCCGUAGAUACCGAAAAAGAGACUCUCGGAUCAUACUAAACAUGCUUUCUUGGAGACUCCAAACCUUGAUAGCCGUGUUCCACAAGAGCCGGCUAGGAUACACAGUCCAGUUGGUGAAGGUGAAGGGCCAUAAAGCCCCGCAAACCCCUGUUGCAGCAAACUCAAGACUCGCCCUCUCACAUCGGAAUGGUCAAACCCCUACAAAGCAAGAAUGUUUGAUACGCGCAAGUGUAUCCCCAGUUGCUGGCAGCCGUAUACCAAUGUAG